AUGUCUGUGGCGGCUAUGGUAAAACAGCCUCCGCCAACGCCUCCAAGUGUCGACGGCCGCCAGCUUCAGGAUGGCUUCGGUCACCUGGUGCAGCACAACGCCCGAGGCGAGCACCAAGCCAACAUAUAUGCCUUGGGCAACAGCCCAUAUAUACCUUCUGGAGCCACCUCAUUCGAUAACACUCCAGAGCCAGAGAUUGGCCAGUGGUAUAUGGACCAGUACGGCAACAAAAGCUUUCGCCUCUACCAGGAACAGAACGACCUCGGCGUGGAUAUGAGUUUCGAUGCAUACGGACAGCAGGUCUUCCAUCCUCAGCAACAGGGUGUGUACAACCCUUAUGCUCUCCAACAGCAGCACCAAUACCCCAACCCUAUGAUCCAUGGUAGGGCGCCUCCUACACCAGAAAUGGCUGAUCAAAGCGCGCCACAAACGCGAUCAACGAGGCAGAACCGAUUAGGCGCCGGCUCUCGCCAUCCUUCAGGCUCCCCCAGACCGCGAAAGGCUGCCCGGAAGAAGAACACUGUGAAAACAAAGACGCUUAGUGGUCCGCUCAGUGAGUUGACAAAGGAUAUGAUAAACAUCCAGAUCAAAGACACGGAGGCCUGGGUCAACAGAUCUGUAGAAGAUAGGAGAGAGGAGGCAAAGAAAGACAACUUCGUGAAGCGUCCCUCGAACUCCUUCAUCCUGUACAGAUCCGCAUACGCAGACAGAGCCAGAGCAUGGGAGAAGUCGCCCAAUCACCAGAAGAUAUCUUCGCUUGCUGGCGAGAGCUGGGCGAUGGAGCCUCCAGAAAUUCGGAAGCAAUUUGAUGCGUGGGCCAAGGUCGAAAGAGAGAAUCACGCCAAAGCAUUCCCGGACUAUAAAUUCCAGCCACAAACAGCCAAGGCCGCGAACCGCAAGCGCAAAGGAAGAGCAGGUGAUUCAGAAGACGAGCUAAGCGACAAUGGCUCGGACUAUGCAUAUGCACCAAAUGGAGCAGGCUGGUCACUGAAGCCUAAGAAAUCAAAAAGGCCUUACCGUGAAACCAGCUACACGCCAAGCGGAACAUCCCUUGACGAGUACGACCCCAAUGGUUUCGACGCUGCGGAACUCUUUCAUCAUCCGUCCUCUUACCAAACACAUAAUCCUGGGAAACCUCUGCCUGCCGCUUUGAACCAGCAAGCUCUUCACAACCAAUACUACCAGACGACAAGCCAUCCGAAUCAAAGGAUGGCCCAUCUUGGCCACGUCGAGGAUGUCUUCGUUCAUCCGAUCGACGGUCCAUCCGAGUACCAUCACCCGGCACUGCCAGUGAUAGGGAUUCCAGGUGCAUAUCAUCACGAGCUGCAGGGCGAGGAUAGCCGACAGCAGAUGAUGAGCGGCAAUUCACAGCUUGACCCAAUGUUGGCAAGCUAUGACCAAAGCCAUCCUAAAUAUCCUAGUACCAGUGGUAACGAGCAUUUCAAUCAGUCGAUGAGCAUCCAGGCGGAAGAAUACCAGACGCCAGCAUAUUCGCCCGUUCUGAACGACUUCGAAAGCGAGCAUGAGGACGCAGAACCGGAGAUGGGGUCUGAUGAGUGGUUUGCCCAACAAAGAGAUCGGUCGUGA